AAAAGAAAACCAGAGAGCAAACCAGGAAAUCGGAAACGAAGGGAAAGAUGGAAGACGUGGUCGCCGAAUCGAUUUAUCCGGCCUCAUACUCCGACGAGAAGGCAAUGCAACGUCGUCAGCUACGAGACUCGCUUCACGAGGUAAUACGUGAUUCAACAACAGCCGACUUGAAAUUCGAAUUUGCGAGUCUAAUUUUUGGAUGUUGCUAAAGAAGUAAAGAGAACACAUGUUCAUGUACCGCAUUAUGUUUUUCUGUAUUCAUCUUUCGCUUUGGACCCGUUUGGACUGGUUCUGGGUUAGAUUCCGUGUUUAGAGUAUUAGAAUCAAGGUUCAGGGCAGUAAAACUUUGCUGCACUUGCAGACAAUCAUGGCAUCCACACCUGGUUGACAACUUGUUCACGGCACUUUGUAUCUUCUCUGAAGCCAAGAGCCACCUGCCCUGAGAGAAAUGAGGUGUAAGAAUGUGGAAUAUUGAUAGCAUGCAUAGAGAAAAAUGGCUUGAGGUUCCUUACACAUCGUUCUGUACUUAUCUAACCUCACCUCCUCCUCUCUCCUAUAAAUACAACGCCCUCUACUCGCCACUUCUCCACAACCCAAAGCUAGCUAUCUACCACUGACCAUCACUAUGGCAAAGCAUUUAGCUCUCGCCUUUUCUCUUUGCUUGCUUGUUCUCUUCCACGGCUGCUUAGCCAGACGCCAACAAUCUCAGUCCAGCCAGCAAAAUGAGUGCCAGCUGAACCAGAUCCAAGCCCGCGAGCCUGACAACCGUAUUGAGACUGAAGCAGGUCGGAUUGAAUCAUGGGACUACAACCAGGAUGACUUGCAGUGCGCUGGUGUCGCUGUUCAAAGAAUCACCAUUGAGCGUAAUGGCCUUCACUUGCCUUCUUACACUAACACUCCAAGGCUUGCGUACGUUGUACAAGGUAGGGGUCAUCUAGGGAUGGUAUUCCCUGGCUGUCCUGAGACAUUUGAGGAGUCUGACCAAUCUGAUGAAGAACAACAGGGUCAGCAACAACAACGGCAAGGCCAACAACGGGGCCGCCAGCAACAGGGACGCCGACAAGGACAAUUCGGACAGCAAGGCCAACAAGGACAACAAGACUUUGAACAGCUAGACCGACACCAGAGGGUGCGACGCGUCAAAGAAGGUGAUGUUAUCGCAAUCCCCGCCGGAGUCACGACCUGGUCUCACAACGACGGUGAUAGAUCUCUUGUUUUUGUUACUCUUUUAGACAUCGGCAAUAACCACAACCAGCUUGACCAAAACCCAAGGCGAUUCUAUCUUGCUGGUAACCCACAAGAUGAGUUCAACCAACAAGGCCAAAGCCAACGGAGGCGACAAGGACAACAAGGCCAAAGCCAAUGGGGACAACAAGGACAACAAGGAAGGAGCAGACAGCAACAGCAGGGAACUAACAACAACAACAUCUUUGCCGGCUUCGAGACAGAGCUCCUCGCCGAUGCUCUCAACAUCGACCAACAGACUGCCCAGCAGCUCCAGGGACAGAACGACAACAGGCCACAGAUUGUUAGGGUUCAGGGACGUCUCGACUUUGUGGAGCCACCACGGUCACAGAGGGAGGAAAGACAACUGCAAGGACAACAAGGACAACAGGGACAGAAUGGCCUUGAGGAGCUAUUCUGCCACAUGAAGAUCAAGCAGAACAUUGGCAAGCCUUCAAUGGCUGACGUCUUCAGCCCGCAAGCCGGUCGCAUCAGCACCCUCAACAGCUUUAGCAUGCCUAUUCUCAGGCACCUCCGCCUCAGUGCUGAGAGAGGCUUCUUGUACAACAAUGCUAUCCACAGCCCACACUGGAACUUGAAUGCCCAUGAGAUAGUCUAUGUCAUCAGAGGUAGCGCCAGGGUUCAGGUGGUGAAUGACAACGGCGAGACCAUCUUGGACGACCAGGUCCGCCAGGGACAGCUCUUCGUCGUGCCACAGAACCACGCCGUGUUGCAAAAGGCCAUGAGCAACGGAUACGAGUACAUUGCCUUCAAGACCGAUGACAAUGCCAUGAUGAACACUCUGGCUGGCAGGACCUCCGUCUUGCGGGCACUCCCCGACGUGGUCCUCGCCAACGCCUAUCAGAUGGACCGUGAGCAGGCAAGGAACCUCAAAUACAACAGGCAGGAGACCCUUGCCUUGAGCUCCUCAAGGUCUUCCCAGUCACAGAGGUACUGGUGGGAGUAAAUGAGAUGUAAAAAGAUGCGUUGCGGCAUGUAGUGUUAAAGUGGUACUUGCUAGCUAAGCGGUAGAGAAUGAAUAAAAGUAAGCCGUUUAUGUAUGGCUCUCGUGUACUACUAGAGAUCUAAUGCACUCAGUUAAUAAGUAGCUACCAAUCUUUUACUCUUUUCUAA